UCGCACCCGUGCCCUAACAGCAGCGGUGAAACUGUCUCCUUCUCCACAGCCACUGCAACGGUGCGGCGUUUUCCUCCGUCGAGCUCAUAUCGCUGCGGCGUUUUCCUCGACGAACGGUGACAGCACCCGUGCUGAAAGCAACUAUCUUCGCAACUCGAGGCUUGUUCAUACCUCAAAACACACAGGCCUGCUUAUAUUUGGAUUGCCAAAUCUUGUAUUUGCUGGUUUAGUUGGUGAUUGAAGGAGAUUUUAACUGAGAUAUAGGACGCUUGGUAGUGUCUAAACCCACCAACUACAAUAGAAAAAUAAGUGGAAUUUAGUGUCAGUGCGAAGAUGUUUUUUGAAGCCAUUAUUUCAGUGGUGGAGAAUUUCUUGGAUGUGAGCAUGAGAAUGAGUAACUAAUCUAGAGACUUAUCUCUGAAAGAAAUGGCUGAUUGGAACUGAAUGCAUGUGGAUUAACAUGAGUGGUGGAGGAAUGUUGUCUGAGACAGAUGAUUAGUUGAAAGUUUUCAACAUCCUUGAUUUGAGGCAGAGGAAUUUGGAUUGGAGAGGGCAGAUAUAAGACUACUUUUCUUGUAUUUUUCUGCAAACAGUACGUGAUACUGCCUCAAAAGACAAUGUAUUUGGUGCAGAAGAGGCUCUUUUGCCUUCUCUCAUGUAACAAGUCCACGUUCCAUUUUUCCUCCUAUCAACACUGCAGUCUGUUUAGCUUUUCCACUGCCGAAGAUCACAGUUCAAAUCAUAGAACCAAAUUUAUGUUGGUCGACCCCCUUCAGUCAUGUGAACUUUCCACAAGAGAGGCUGCAAAAAUGGCCAAGGAUCGCAUCUGUGAAAAAAAACUUCCAAGUUCAAGUCCUUCCAUCGAGUUCUUUAAGCAGAGCGGUUGGAGUGAUGCACAAGUCAUGAAGCUUAUCAAGUGGGCACCCAGUUUGCUGCAUGCUAAUGUAGAGACUGCCCUGAAGCCCAGGUUGAGAUCUUUGCAGGACAUGGGAUUUUCUGACACUGAAAUAGUUCAGCUGGUUUCAUUAUGUCCGAAAGCGCUCCUUUUACGUGACAUCAAAUCGAGGAUCAACUUCUGGAGGUCACUAUUAGGUUCGAAUGAGAGGCUUCUGAAAGCCUGCAAGAGGAACAAGUUUCUUCUUGGUUAUAGCUUGGCUCGGACGAUAGAACCUAAUAUAUCUCUCUUGAGGGAACAUGGCAUCAGUGACGAGCGUAUCAUGCAUAUGGUGACGACAUUGCCACGCUGUUUUGGUCGAAUAGACAAAUUAAAGGAGGUUAUCAAAUAUAUUGAGGAAUUGGGUGUCCCACGUGACUCUGGAUUAUAUAUGUGUGCACUUCAUGUAGUCAUGGGCAUGAACAAAUCUACUUUUGAUUCUACCAGUGCAACUCUGAUGAGCUUUGGGUGUUCCCAGCCUGACAUCGUUGCUGCAUUCAGGAAGUGCCCAAACGUUUGGGCACUCUCAAACAAGACCAUAUGUGACAAGAUGACAUUCCUGAUGAAGGAAGCUGGUUUUGAGCUGACAUAUAUCAUUUCCCGUCCCGUGAUUCUUACUUACAGCUUGGAGAAGAGGCUGAGACCUCGAUAUGAGGUUUUGAAUUUUCUUAAACAGAAUAAAUUGCUGGAUGAAGGACAUAGUCUACCAUCCGUCGUACCACUAUCUGAGGAGAAGUUCAUAAAGAAAUAUCUUUUCCGGCUCAAGGAGAAAUUUACUUCUCUCUAUGAUUCCUAUCUUGCUGCUGUUCAGGGAAAGCCACAUGUUACUUGAAAUCGAAACUUUAAAUUAAAAUGAUCAACUUCAUACUGACUGCACUAUAUAAUCAUCUCAAAAUUUGUGACAUUAUAAAUUCUCCAGGAGUUUCUUGUUGUAGAACA